CUACUACUCCAUCCCUCUCACCGCCGGCCCGCCCGUCUCGGGCCUCCUCAGAUCGCAUCACCGCCGCGCCCGGAAAUCAAAUCAAUGAGGCGCGAGGCCAGCGGCGCGGCGGCCAGCUCCGCCUCGGGGCUCGAACCACAGCGGCAGCAGGGGGAGGGGAAGCACGUGGCGGAGGCGAGGCGGACGCUGCUAGAGAAGACGGCGGAUACGGUGGAGGAGCUGUACCAUCUCCGAGACACCUUCUUUCCUCGCGACCCAACUGAGAAGCCCGCCGCCCUGCGCGCCUGCGCCGACGCCGCCCUCGCGGUCCUCGAUUCCCUCCCUGCGGAGCAAAGGAAAUCACCGCAACAGCGUGCUGUUUAUGAAUUUUUGAUGGGGAAAAUACUGGAUGUUUUCCCUGAUUAUCAUAAGGAGGCUGAAGAGCAUUUAUCGAAAGCAGUAAAGCUGAAUCCAUCUCUUAUAGAUGCAUGGCUGUGCUUGGGUAACUGCAUUUGGAAGAAGGGGGAUCUGGAAUCAGCGAAGAAUUGUUUCUUGUCAGCACUAAGCAAGGGUUCAGAUAAGAGAAUACUAUGUCAACUCUCCAUGCUUGAAAGAAGUAUGGCUCAAGGUAGUGAUGGCCAAGCUUUCUUAGUGGACGAGAGCAUUAAUCAUGCAAAAGAAGCUGUAUUGCUGGACAUAAAAGAUGGAAAUUCCUGGUAUAAUCUGGGUAAUGCAUACCUCACAAGCUUUUUCGUGAGUGGCGCCUGGGAUCAUGCUAAGCUUCAUCAUUCGGUCAAAGCAUAUCAAAAUGCUGAGAAGGAUGAAACUAUGAAACUGAAUCCUGACCUCUACUAUAAUUGUGCCACAGCUGAAAAAUACUUAGAGAACUACGAAAGUGCCCUUCGUGGAUUUGAAGCUGCAGCUCUAAAAGAUCCUGGUCUCAGUGCUGAUACAGAAGUUCAGAAGAUCAUCAGCAUCCUUGAUAAGCUAGAUAAUGCAACAAAGAGACAACUACGGCCCACGAUACUAGCAUCAUCGGUGUCAUCUUUGAGUGAAGUCAAUUCAAAGUUGUCCCACAAGAAAGUAACCAUAAAUAUCCUAUCAGAAGGUUUGAACAAGACAGUUGCUGUUUUGGGGAAAGUGGCUCUUCUGAUAAGACAUGACAAUGUUGCUCCACUGUAUUAUUUGUCAUGUGAUUUGGAUCAGUCUUAUUUUAUACUAUCAGUUUAUGGGCUACGAAGUGAAGCAAUUAAAGAAGGUGAUCGAGUGGCACUAUUGGAACCAUACUAUAGAAUCAUGGAUAUAUCAUGGAAAGGACAGCGCUACAAGUUCAAAUCAAUUCGUGUGGACUUCCCGGAACAAAUUCGUAUCAACGAGAAAGCUCCUGCUGCUCAUCAUGUAGUCAGGGCUUCAAUCCAUGCUCACAAUAAAUCGUGAUUGUUAACAAAAGGUCUGUGCAUGAGCAAGAGCAGCCAAAAAGUUAAAGUCACUAUGCGUGUACAUAAAUCUCACAUGAUGUGUGCUGUCGUGAAGAUUGCUAGAGUAUUGGACUCAAUGGGUUUCUGUACCUGAUUGAGUGUUGGGUCAGCUAUGGUGUAAAAAGAUAGUCCUGUAUCAGUUAUGGUUCUUAUUUCCUACCUUGGGUUAUCCGAAGAGUACAUCGUUCUAUCGCGCAUCUCUUGUGGGUUCGUGUGUUGUUUUUGCGAGAGAUCGCUUGUUGGUUCCUGAUUCAUUGCACAUUCUGUAUCGAUCUUCUAAUGAAAUACAUGACCGAAUUGGUGAGGUA